GGCUCGUUCGGUACACCGGGACGAACAGUUUAAAACCGUAACGUAUGGCAGCCCUAUACUAAGGACAUUAGCAAUUAGUGACACACAGGGAAAGACAUCAAUGACACUUAAAGACCGUUGCUUUGAUUGGAAGACAAAAUUCACAAUGGGUACCAAUCACAUUUCGGAUGUCCUGGUCUCUCAUGAAUAUAUGACAAUGGAGCAGCAACAGCACCAGCAACAGUACCAACAGCAGCAUCAAAUGCACCAACAUCAGCUAAAUGUCAGCAUUACUUCCGAGAAUCCACUAUCACCAAUUGACUUACAGGAGGGAUCAUCCAGACCGAUACGCAGAACCAGCCAAAGGACCACUCAGUUAAGCAAUAAUAAUUAUGAGAUGGAAAUGACAGAUUCAAGUUCACAAAGCGAUGAUACAAGCGGAGGCGGCGGCAGCAGUAAUGGUGGCAGUGCACGGCCAUCCAGUCACGGCAGGAACUCCUUAUCGGGUUCCACACAAAGUCGCCGCAGGAAAGGUGUUCUUAACGCAAAGGAACGUAAUCUGCGACGAUUGGAGUCAAAUGAGCGCGAACGCAUGAGAAUGCACAGCUUAAAUGACGCUUUUCAGUCCCUGCGUGAAGUCAUUCCCCACGUGGAAAUGGAACGGCGUCUUUCUAAAAUAGAAACACUUACCUUGGCCAAAAACUAUAUUAUCAACUUGACGCAUAUAAUUCUUUCGAAACGUAAUGAGGAGCCAUCACUGGAGUUGAAUGGCGUUAUAUUGAAUGGAGCUACCACCAGCGAAAUGACUACCAAUGGUGGACUUGGUUUGAACGAUGUUGGACUUGGUGUUGGCAUUGGUGUUGGCAUAUUGAGUUUAAAUGGUGGCGGAGGCAGUGGUGGCAGCUCUGGCGGUGGCGGUUCCUGCUAUGACGAGGUCCUUACCAACGGCACAAACUCUUAUGACUGUGCCUUAGCCGCAGCAGAUGGUGCAAAUCAGCCACCUCGCCUAACGACCGCCACCACCACCAUACAGAUACAGAACCAAAGUCUCAGCCACUUGCAGCCACAAUUGUCGCAACAUCUUAUGCAGUCGAACCACAAUCAAUUGAUGUUGCAACAAUCGAAUGCAGCGCCAAUAUUACUCAACAAUGGUUUCGAUGCGAAUGACAACAACAAUAAUUAUGAUGAGCCAUUUCGAGAAUUUAUAUAAACUUGAGGGGUAAUAAAUGAAGCAUAACCAAGCUUGAUUUAACUUUCGUAAGAACUCUAGAAGUUAAAACUUUCGUUUUGAAAAACUGCUUUAUACUUUUUUCGCAUAUACAUCUACUGAUAAGAAGUUGGUUUUAAAUUACGUUACUUUGAUUUUACACUAACUCGAGCUUUAUAGAUUACUAACUUAUGUAAACUAUGUACAUACAUAUGCAAGCAUCACGGUAUGACAGUGGAAAAAUGACCAAGAUGAGAAAGAACUCGCUGGACCGAAAUAUUCAAAUAACGCGAGCAUUUAAAAGAUAUGUAUAUACUUGUACUUUAUUUUAUGAAGAUUUACUGAACUCAUUAAUCAUUUACUUUUGAAAUUUAUUGGUUAUCGCAUCUUUCUUAUUCCCUUCGUGUCACAUUUUUUUUCUAAUGCUUU